GCUUACAGUUUAACAGAUCAUAUGGAUGAUGAAGUGGCCACCAUUCAGCUGCAAUUCACCACCCUCCGAAAGAUGAUGGGUGACAUCCAGACCAAGGCCUUUGCCAAACAGGAGUGUGCAUCAGCAGCUCAGGUACCCGAACAACGGGUGACCCUGAACCUGGAAGCCGUUUUGCCACCAGCAACGCUGGACACCACGUGGGAUGACAGCAAGCCUCAGCUUUUAUGGUUUGCCAAUGAAGCAUGGCUCUUCAAGCUGUCCAGAGCCCCACCGUGCCAACUGCAUCCCCUGCCGGAGGGAUUACGUCUACCGGACGUUUGCUAUUGGCCACUUAUUCAUCCCACUCCACCCGAUAACCCUGCCCACCAGUUGACACUCUACCUGGAUGGAGCGGCUAACGGCACCCAUGCAGCAUGGAGUGUGAUUGCUACCCUUAACCUGCCCAUUGGAGAGGUCUACAUCGGCUGCAUGUAUGGAUGUGUUCAUCUUGAGCCUGACAACCCCCAAUGGAUUGGGGCUGAUGCCAUGGAUAACAUUGCUGCAGAACUCUCAGCCAUGGCCAUGGCACAAACCUGUGCUCUCCGCUGGCCUUACAGUGAUCACCUGAUUUGCAUCCGCCCAGAUCUGUCCUUGAGCCGCACAGUUGCCACAGCCGUCACUACAUGCCGAUCCAAUGCCUGUCUUGCUCAAAUAUGCCGCAUCCAAGGCUUAUGGCUCACAGCCAGGACUGAGAUCUUGGAAAUCAGAGGCCACCAGGGCCAUGCCUGGAAUGAACUUGCAGACGCAGUGGCAAAGUGGGCCCUGAUUCAAGGAUCGCACGAAGCUGAGCCCAGUCUUGGUGCUCUCCAUGAAUUUGCAUUGCAGACUCAUGAUGUUGCCUGGGCCUGGAUGCAAACCACGCAUCCUGCACUCUCUGCUUGCUUCCCAAGCCUCAUUGACCAACAAGUAAUGCAGUUUGACUCCUCCGACCUGCGCGUCCAGCAGGCCCCAGUGCGGCCUGAGCACAGUGGCAGCCUGAACCCGAGCCAUGCCCAAUGGACCAUGACUGUCAUUACUGCCAAUGUACUGGGCAAUCCCAUUACCCUAGGUGACGCCAAAGUCUCCAUUCGCCAUGCAGACCCCAGACGACUAGUUGCUGUAGCGAGCAUUGGCCAAGUACACUAUACAUUUGUAGUCUUGCAUGCGCCAUGCCAAGCCACCCAGAGCGCAGACACCCAGCCCAAUGGGGACGUGGUAGCCGAAUGGUGGAGCACCACCAGUGCCAUCUGGAACAACACCGUCACUACUGACAUAUGUUGGCUCUUGGUUGACGCAAAUGCACCAAUUGAUGGAGAACAUGGUUACCACACGGGGCCCCUAGGAGCGGAAAACCCCAGCAAAGCAGGCACAGCUUUCAUGCAAUUCUUAGCCGGCAAUGACCUUGCAGUCCCCAGCACCUUCCCGCACAUCCAUGCAGGGCAGACCACCACAUGGUCUCAUGCCACCGGAAAAAGGAGCCGUAAGGACUACGUUGCCAUCAAGGCCAAGAUGAUGCCACUGGCCACGCACAGCUGGGUUGACAUUCAUCAUGACAACACCUUUGCACACGCCGACCAUUUGCCGGUCGUCCUGACAUGCAAGGGAUGGCAACAGCUCCACUCUUGUGCUCCCAGCUUCCGAUGGGAUGCAGAAAAACUUUUGGACCCCCAGUGCUGCCAAGACUUUCAACAUGCCCUCAGUACCCUGCCCAUCCCACACUGGCAAGUUGAUGUUGACGACCAUGCAGCCAUCCAGGAAAUGCAAAUUUUGCACCUUGGCCAACAGUUUUUUGCCAAACCUCCACGACAGACGCACAAAAUUAAGCUGCAGCCCGACACCCUUGCAAUCAUUGCCCUCAAGCGCCAAGCAUUGGACUAUGGCAGGGCCCACAAGGAACUGGACCAUCCACCCUUUAAAGAAGAGCUCCGGCAGCUGGAGAAACUGGUCCACUGCAAAGUUCGUAGAGACACGCAAGCCUUCUAUGAUGCUCUCUUAGACCGGCUGGAUCAUGCAGGUGAGCUUCACAAUCAUCGCCUGGUGUACCAACUGCUGACACGGCUCGGCAGAAAAAAGGGAGGCAAGGCACCCGGGCCAAAACCCCUUCCCAUGUUGAAGAAGGAAGAUGGCACAUUUGCAGCCACAUAUGAUGAACAGCAGCGUAUGUGGAUGACGCAAUUUGCGGCCGUUGAAGCCGGUGUCCCGUGCAGCUGGGCCCAGCUGCAACAGAAACACCGAGAGGAAGCCGAGGGUCUCAGAGUGACUCUCCCAGAAAUUGACCCAGCGGCCUUCCCAACGGUCUGGCAAAUACAAGGUGGUGAGGCUCCGGUCCAGGAUUACACUGAAACUAGCCCCAUGCCAGCUGAAGGAUUUAUCGACGUCACCUUCGUUGACGACUGUGCAAUGCUUGUCCAUGCUCCUACAAACCAGCGCAUUGAGGAGGUCAUUAAAGCCCUUGUCACAUGCUUUGACCAAGCGGCCCAGUCCAGAGGGUUGCAGGUCAACUUCGACAGAGGAAAAACUGAACUCCUUUGGAAUAUUCUGGGCAAGGGAGCAAAGGCCACCAAGCAUGCUCUGUACUCCCAGGGCAACACCCUCACUUGGGAACAACAAGGUCACAUGUACCGGCUGCACGUUUGCCACGCAUACAAGCAUCUCGGUACCUGGACCCAGACUAAGCACAGACAUGCAAGAGAAAUCUUAGCACGAGCCAGUGCUGCGCGCCAGCAAUGGGGCCAAUUGGCACGCCCUUUUUUCCGAAGAUCACUUUCCCUUGCCACUAGGGUUAGAGUCUUCCAAGCCAUUGUCGUCUCCAAGAUGCUUUACAAUGUGCACACAUGGGCAGGUAUCAAGCCUGAGGAACUUACACACUGGAACAAUCACCUCAGAGGACCCAUCGCACUAUUGAUGAAAGGGGUCCUUGCUCCACAGCGCAAAUUUAGGCACCCUACUGACACCUUGAGUGCAUGGUGCGGCAUUCUGCCCUUACCACAGCAGGUGCACCUUAACAGGCUUCGAUUUGCCAAACGCUUGUUCCAACGGUGCCCAGCCAUCACAUGGAGGUUGCUGAAUGCCCACCAAGGGCCCACCUCAUGGAUAGCUGCCUUCAAGGACUCAUGUAGUUGGAUGCAACAGCACUAUGACAAGCCGCAUUUGCUCCCUAACAACCACUGCCUUCAGUCCUGGAUCCAGCACAUGUGCCUUGACGAUCACUGGAAGGGAAGGGUGCGCAAAACGGGAAAACUGGCACUACACUACAACACAGCUCAGGCAGAACAUGCAAUUUGGCAGCAUAAUUUUGAGGCCACAUUGCAGCAGGCAGGUGCCACUCUGCCGGAAGACCCAGUGCCGUUUGCCACCCCUGACCGGUGGCAAUGUGAUCUUUGUUCAAAGGUCUUUACCAGUACCCGUGCCUUAGCCAUGCAUGCCAGCAGAGAUCAUGGAUACCGCAAAAAGGUACGCUACUUUGCAGCUGGAGCCACUUGUCAUGUAUGCAAUACACUCUUUCACACGCGCAGUCGUCUUGCAGUGCACUUUGAGCACAACACCCGAUGCUAUGAUGUGAUCCAGGCCUGCUGGCCACCCAUGCCAGAAACAGAGGUCAACCAACUAGACCAAGAAGACAGGCUAACCGAAGCCGCCCUCCGAAAACAAGGUUGGUGGGCAACAAAAGCGUUUCUGCCGGCAGUCAAAACCUGCGGCCCAUCGCUUCCUCCAGGAAAUGAUCAGGCCAGUGCACGGAUGUUUCAGAACAUGUUAGCCCGCCGACCAACCGAUGCAGCUGCUUACCAUCAGUUGCAAGGGCGCAGGGUCUCUGCUGCACCAGCAAAUGCCCCGGACCUUCCCCAGGAAUUCGAGGUGUACACAGUGCAGCAGUUCAUGGAGCUAAAUGAGAUUCACGGGGCUUGGUUCGAUCCUUCCAAUCCUGUGGUGCCUAUGAGUGGUACUUUGAGAGGCGAUUUGAUGUCGUGGUUGCUGGAAUGGGAAACGAAAUGCGAUUUAUGCCUGGCUCUGGGCACUUCCAUGGUGGGCAUGAACUCGGAUCGCAUGGCCAUCUCUGCUGCGCAACGCGCCAAAGCAGGAAAGGCCCUGGGCACCGUGAUCGUUGCAUUGCAGCAGACUCAAUAUGACACGGCCUCCUCGUUGCGCAUCUUCGCUCCCAUCGACGCGGUGAUGCAGCUGCUGUCCGUCGAGCUGCAGCUGGGUCCGGAAAUGGAGAUGCCUAGACCGCAGGUCACGGAGCUGCCUCACGUCUAUGGUAAUCUCCCUUAUGACAAGAAUGGACAAAGAAGUGACCGCAGCCGAAUCACCCUGGAUCUGCGCGAAGGUGCAAGGCUGCGCUUGGUCAACCAACAAGGGUGGGAUCAAGAGCGAUGGGGCAACGAAGGUGUGGUUUUGUCACCGCAAGAGUCCCUGAAAGACGAAGGUCAUUACGCCAUUGCAGUGGGCGGUGGCCCGGUUCGCGUCUUGGGCUUGUGGUGGCUGGAAGCAGCUCAGCGUGGUGCUGUGCAAGCAUUGCCAGUCGUCAACUGCGACUGAGAGAGCCUUGCCCGCCGCAAAAAAACGUUUAAACAAUUCGAAUCAAUUCGAUGUGAAUCAGAAAGUCGAAGAAACCUUGCCUUUCUGAAAUGUCUGCUGUGCAAAAAAAAUGCACGAGAUGCGGAAGUGUGAAACACAUUGACGACUGGAGAGGAGCACAAUUUUAAUCUCCAUGGAGAUAGAGCCAACCUGCAGCACAUGUACAGCUGUGCUGCCCUCGGAUGGCUGCUAGCACUGGCGCAAAAUCUG